AUGCCAGUUUAUAAAGUUUUUGUUAAAUGGCGAGCCCACAAGUUUGAUAAUAUCGAAGUCGACACGAAUGUUUCACCAUUAGAGUUCAAAAAGGCGUUAAAGGAUUUAACGGGUGUUCCUGAGGAACGACAAAAAGUAUUUAUUUCGGGUGCUGUUCUCGGCGACGAAUCCUUCGACGGAAUUAAAAUCAGAAAUGGCUGUCAAGUCAUGGUUAUGGGCACUAAGGAGGAGCUACCAAAAAGUAUCACAUUUAAACCUCCUCCACAUGCACGCGAGGCUUCAACGCAAGCAAAUGCAGAGCCCAAAUUGCGACUUCCUAUAGGAUUGGUCAAUUUUGGUAAUACUUGUUAUAUGAAUAGCGCUGUACAGCUCCUCUAUGCCAUUCCCGAAUUCAGAGCCUUUGUUCAGAGGGCACCUGUAGCCUCACUGAAUGUUCUAAGUGCAGAAGUUAGGGCGGUUUUCACAGCAAUCCGGCUUAUCUUUACCGGUUUAUCUAACGCUGAAGAAGCCAUUCUGCCAGUCACUCUCGUUGAUGCAUUCGGUAAAGCUUAUCCCCAUUUCGGUAUCCAAACGGAUAUUCUCGGAUCGUUGGCUAAAUCAAGCCAAAUUUUCGAGCAACAGGAUGCGAAUGAAUGUUUCCUGGAAUUUAUUCGCUUGCUACAGCAAAUUAAAGCUGAUGCAGCUGUUUUCAAAGCUCAUCCUAUUCUGCCUCCUAAGUCCUUCGGCGAAGACAGUGGUUGGAACCCUGUUGAUCGUUUCCUCUCAGGCAAACUAAUGAAUACAAUAAAAAAUGAGGAGAAUGAGGACGAACCCCUACAGUACACUACUGAAACUUUUCUUCAGCUCUCGUGCUAUAUCUCGCAAGAAAUUAAAUUUUUGCAAACUGGACUUCAAAAUAACUUGGAAACCCAAUUUCGGAAAACGUCCGAAUUGUCUGGUAAAGAAAUGGCCUACAAGAAGGUUGGUCGUUACGCACGACUUCCGGGGUAUUUGUGCAUUCAAAUAAUGCGAUUCUAUUUCAAAGAAAAGACAAAAUCGAACACCAAGGUGAGAGUGAUGAAAAUUUGUCCCCUUUUCCAAGUAUUUAGUUUUUUGUCGGUUACCUUUCUUAGCCAUUAG